UUUUAAGGUCGGAUGCGGAAAACAGAAAUGUUCGCCGGCACUUCUAGCCCCGCCGUGGCUGGCAGCCAGGCACCGAGUGGAGCUUGUCAGUGUUGGUCUAGCGCUUUUUUCCGUAGUGUAGUGAUGGUGUAGAUAUCGGAAAAAUCUAGCGUUUUUAUGCUUCUGUGCAAGUGACUGAAGUUAUCCAUGGGACUAAAGAGGCGAUUGUCGUGCCGUUGUAGAAAUCCACGAACUUCAGGUGUAUCUCCAUAAGCAAGGAACCACAACUGCUUUACAAUUAAGAUGGCAGAGUCACUAGGAAUUGACAACCAAGUCCACAAGCUCUUGGCGGGCUAUGGAGGAGAGAAGUCAUCAGAGAUCUUAAAGAACUUCCACGGAAAGUUCAGUGUUGUGGAUAUGUUCUCCCACUUCUGGGGUCUGGAGGAAGCUCAUUCGUGUUUGGAUCCAGAGGUUCCACCUUCUAGGAAAUCCAAGAGUGAAUCGGAGAAGCUGCGUGGAGACGGCAACAAGGCCUUCCAGAAGAAGAACCUCAGUGAAGCUUUGAAGCUUUACAGCCUCAGCAUCCUCGCUGCUCCUCACCCACCACUGGACAGUGAAAGCGAGAAAACUGACAGCCAAACAGUCGAAAAUGGAGAUGUGGCAGACGAGAAUGAUUACGAAGCUCUGCCUCUGGCUUACGCAAAUAGAUCGGCUGUCCUUUUCGAGUUGAAACAGUACGAAGAUUGCCUGAAUGACAUUGAGAGGGCCUUCCAGUAUGGAUACCCCGAAUCACUCCAGCAUAAGUUAGUGAAAAGGAAAGAAGGUUGUACCACAGCCAUGGAUAGCUCAGAAAGUCGGCCAGAGGGGCUGGCUAUGUAUCAUGCCGUUAACCCACCCGUAUUGGCGGACAGCAAUCCAGCUUUGCCUGCCAUGAGUAGCUCUGUAAAGGUGGCAUUCAGCCCUACAGCUGGUCGAUACCUUGUAGCUCAAAAAGAAAUUUUGCCAGGUGAGAUCUUGGUCGUGGAGGAAGUUCACAGCAGGUGUCUUUAUCAGCAGUAUCUGCAGACUCAUUGCAACACCUGUUUCACUAGGUGUCUUGUGCCCCUGCCUUGUCCAUCAUGCAAACUUGUUGUAUUCUGCAGUCAAGGAUGCAGGGGAAAAGGACUCUCAGGACAGCACUCCCUGGAGUGCCCAGUCCUACCAGCCCUAGGCUCUAUGAACACCUGUCUCAUCAUUCCAUACAGGAUCAUUACAAAGCUUCCCUUCGCAACCGUGAAGGACCUUCUGGCUCACUUUCGAUCAGAAAAGGACAGCAAAUCGCCUUUAGCGCUUGGGUUUAAUGAAAAGGGUGUCUAUGAUUCGAACAGCUACCGAACCGUCUAUUGUCUGGUUACUAACCAGGAGAAGAGGGACUCUAGAAGCCUCUUCACAAUCUGCGCAGGUGCCUUCAUGCUGACGAAGCUACUUAUCCGAUCACAGCGUUACUUUGUCGAUGAUUCGCUGAAACCUUUUGAACCCAGCAAAGAGGAUGCGAUAGCGAUUGGCAGUGCCCUCUUCCAUCACAUCAUGAGUGAUCUCUCCAACGGGCAUCGCUAUGGAGAACUACUGACAUCAGGUGCAGACGGAACCCCUGACAUUCAGAACAUAGGAUCGUGGAUCUCCCCAACACUGAGUUUGGCCAACCACUCCUGUGACCAAGCUGUGAUCACAUGCAACAAGGGAAACCUGGGCAUCAUGCAGGCAAUCCAGCUCAUCCAACCGGGCCAAGAGGUCACGACAGGUUACCUGCGAGGCUAUGGCACUCAAAACCCCUCUCUGAGGAAAGAAAUCCUGACGAACAACUACCUCUUCUCCUGCACCUGCAGAGCCUGCACGGAGGGAUGGCCAACCUUCAAUCAACUCCCGGACAACUACCAACUGAAAUGCUCCCAGUGCUCUCACUUCAUUAACCGCAGCGAUAACAAAUGCUCCUCCUGCGGCGAGGACUUCUCAAUGGAUACCCUUACUAACUUGAGCUUGAAGACGAUAGACCAAGAGGUAGGCCUAGCAGUUCUGAAGUUCUUGCGCAUGCGUAAGGAUUUCAAUAUGAGUACCAUCAUAGCUAGGCAAGAAGACCUAAGGGUGACAAUGAAAGUGAUAGAAACCAUGGAUAGGUAUGUCAUUAUGCCAAAUAAGAUUUAUGCCAAUGCCAAAGCUUUCUUGGCGGGACUGUUAAGGAACCAGAGAGAUUACCUGAAGAUCAGAUCUGGAUUUUAAUUAGGGUCAUUGUUUCAUAGAUGAUACUCUUCACCUCAGAACUCAGAAUCAAUUCCACUAAAUGAAGCAGAAACAAAUAGUUUAGUUGAUGUAUGCAUGUUGUAAAAAUAACAAUACAAUUCUGCUUGUUAGAAAAAAUUAUUAACUGAAAAAAUAUAUGGGAAUAGUUCAGUCAUUUCUGAAAUGUUCUGGAGAUCCUAGUGGAAGAAAAAAUAUGAUACACAUAUUUUAAAGAUAUCAUGAUAUUAGCUUCUCAGAUUUUAAAAUUUCUUUCUGUACCUAAGCAGAAACUUGAUAAACAUAAGGAAGGCCACAUAUAUGGGAAAUGUUUGCUUCGGAGUAAUCCUUAACUCAAAAUUCCUUUUCGAGAGGUUCGUACUGUC